AGAAGCCGGUGACUGCUGUUCCGCCACAGCGCGAGGGCUCCGGUUCUUCCAGCGCCCAGCGCUCCGAGCACGAGACCACAGCUCCGCGGCGGGCCUCAGAGUCCCGGCGUUGAUACAAAGUGCCGUCUCCUCUUCACGUGUUCUUGAGAAGCAGCGGCAUGGAGCCCGUAAAAUUCCUUAAUUGGGAAGCAAAAUGCCUGUUCUUAAAAAUCUACCCGGGAAGCUGAAAGGGGGCAAAGUGAACAGAGAACUGGAAAACUCCCACGGAGAACUGAUCUUGCAUAAAAUGAGCCUGAGCCUGAAUCCGUUCGACGAGUCCGGUGGGGAAGAGGCUUGGGGUGAGAGGAAUGAGCACUCUCUUUUGGAUGGAGGUGCCCCCCGGGACCGCAACCCCUUUGGAGACGAGGAAGACGAAAAUGAGGCGAAUGAGGGGCGGCGGAGUGGGACGCCAAAGAGCGGCUCGCUGAAGGGCACGUUGGACCGCAUCCGUGGCUCAUCCCCACUCAAGACCCUGGGCAAGCUGGGCAAAGGGCUGCGGAUGUCAGGCCGCAGCAAAGGAGGGGGGACCUCUUCCCCAGAGGGCUCCCUAGGCACACCCUCUCCUCUAGAGAAGAAGAAGAAAAGCAGACGCAGCUCCGAGGGAAGUUUACUCAGAAUGGCUGGCAGGUGCAGAGAGAGCCUGCGCAAGGAGAGCCUCCCCAACGGUGACCUGAGUGUUGACAGUGACGCGGACUCCAGCCGUCGUCUCUCCUUCUUGAAGAUGGUGAGCCGAGGCAAGAAGAAGGAGUCACUGGGGGACUCUGUGUCCAGGGGACCAGAGGAGGAGGUGGUGGAGGAGGUGCCAGAGGUCAAACCCAGGGAGCCGCUUUCAGUCCUGGAGAUUCUGCAGCUGGUGACCAAGCGGGACCUGUUUCUGGCUGACACACACAUCCUGGAGCUCGAGCAGGAGUGUGAGGAGGUGGCGGCUGCUGGCUCCCCAGGAGCUUCCACAGAGGAGGCUUCCACCCCUGGCAGCAAGGAUGGGGGUCGGCGAAAGGCCAAAGAUGUGGAGCUGCUCUACGAGGCCCUCCAAAAGGAGCUGUGGGAGGUGGUGCGUGAGUCGCUGCGUUCCCCCACAGCUGGACCUAACCUUGGCCUGGUGGUGCAAGUUCUCGAACAGGAGGAACAAGCGGACCGGAACUGGGCCCAGAAGGAGGCCCUGUCCACGGGACCCAGGCCACGGCAGUUGAAGCGACGCUGGAAGGAAGCUGUUACUGAGGCAGCUGAUGGAAGCCUGCCCCAGCAGGUGGAGGCCCAAGCUGGGCACCUGGCAUCAUACCUGGACAGGCUGCGCACCCGGGUCGUGGAGGACCUUGGGGCAGCCCGUCGGAACGUGGUGUCAAUCUACCCGGAGGAGUACGGUGCCUUCCAGGUAUACGUCCAGAGCUACCACCAGGCCGUGGCACGGCGUUUGCAGGAGAUAACCAGCAGCUCAUUGCAGAUCACAGACACCUACUCCCUGCUGGACUGGAUAUACAACAUCUACAACAGAGAUGUUCUUGGUGUGGUCAGCAUAACAAGCCCUAUCAACCGCUCCCAGCUCAGACCACUGUUGCCCUCAGAAACCAUCGAUAAGCUAGAGCUGGAUUGUCUCAACUCAGUCCGGGCUAAAGUGACCACAGAACUGUCUCAGGUGUUGGACGAAGAGGAAAAACGAUGGACAGAGACACUGAACAUUGAAGACUUUCAGUCACCACUGGCCUCUAUUGUGAUCAAGCGUUUGCAGGUAGACCUGGACAGAUCAGCAACCAUAACCAGAGACCUGGCGGCCCGAGUAGCGCAGUGCAGCCUCAAUGGACUGGCUGACUUCCUCUACAGCUUCCAAAGGAAAGUGGAGAUGUUUCACGAACGUUUUAUGAGUGAGAGUGGAGAGUGGAGCGAUGGUUAUGUCUCCAAGACGAUUGCCCUGGUUAACUGCUGCCCACCUUUUAGGAAUUUUAUCCAGCGCUGUCAGCAGUGUGAGCCUGCUGUUAGUGAAGACUCUGCACGGAGGGGGAAUGCCUCUCUGGACAGGAUUGUCAACCAGGGUGUGAAGGUGCUGAGUGACAGGCUGUUUGAGCACAUCAGGCCUUUCUUUGACAAGCUGGUGAAGAGAAAGUGGCUGAAUAACACAGAGCCCUAUGAUUCCAUCGAGACAAUCAUCAAGGAGCACUUCAAAAAGUUCCGCAGAAUGGAUUGCCCUCCUUAUCAAAUACUGGUGAGUGAGGUACACAGGCGGGUCCUGACUGAAUAUUUGCGGGCCAUCAUGAGGGGAAGGAUCAUCUGCACAUCACUCAAAAUGAGGAAAAAGAUGGCUGGCCGACUUCGUGAUGAGGGCAGACAGCUUAAAAGGCUCUUUAAAGACCUGGAAUCUGGUGCUUCGUGGCUUGACACUGCAAUCCCACAUCUAUCAGAGAUAAUUCUCCUGGAGGACACCCCAUCUAUCCAAAUGGAAGUCGGAGUCUUAGUGAGGGAGUUCCCUGACAUACGGAAGAAACACAUUUCAGCCAUUCUUAACAUCCGUGGGAUGACGCGACAGGUGGAGCGACAGGAGAUUUUGAACAUUGUGAAGGACAUUGAGAAGGACAGUGACAGCCUAACGCAGCUGUCCCGUGACCGUGCUCUCUUCUCUGAGGUUCCUGUGACAUCUGAGGUUCACUGUGUCAAUGUUGGCCUCAGCCGGAUUGCUCUUACUGCAUCCUCUUGCUUUUCUGGCCUACGGACACGCCGCAAGAGAAUUCCAAAGCGAGAAGUACAUGAGGGGAUCCUCUGAAUGGCAACUACUGGAUAGCAGCAAGCCCGAACUGCAGAGCUCCAAAACCGUGCUGAACCGAAGAAUUAUAGAAAUUUCUUUUACCCCCAGACAGUCCCAAAGAAACAGAUUAUUUUGCCAAAGAUAUAAACGCUCAUAAAUGACACAAAAUAUCUUUCAUUCAUUUCCACUUCACACAUAGUGGUACUGACUGAACCUUCCACUGUUUAAAAAGUCAUUUGGACCAAUU